GAACGUUGCCAUUGUUUGGCGGGACGUGGGCAUGCUGAUUGUCCAGGGCAAGGACCUGAAAAUGAGCUUUUACAGGGACUUUCUGCGAAGGCUCAACGGGACUGACAAAGCCAUGGAAGCUCUUCUCAGGCUGCCAGAGAUGAGGGACUCGGUCAUCUCAGGCCAAGCCACUGCUGCUUCCCUGACCUCUUCUGGAGAUGUUCUCGUCCUGCCAGAGUACAAGCACGAGACCGUGCCUAGGACGGCAACGGUGAGAAUAGACCCGGCAGGACGUGUGACGGUUGCCCCAGGGCCAAAACCUGGUGCCAGUGGGCAGAAAGAGGAGAUUGCUCAGAUGCAGCUCCUUCGCUGGGCAAGCCUUCCUCCAAAGCGGAUUCCUUCAGGGCGUGUCAAGGCAGGGCAGGGACAGAAAGCUGGGGGCACGAAGCCUCGUGCCAGGCUGCUACCGGCCAUCCAGGAGAGCUCUGCCAAGGAGAAAAUGAAGGAGAAGGAGAGGGUGAAGGAGAAGGAGAAGAAGGUGAAGGAGAAGGAGAAGGAGAAGGAGAAGCAGAAGGAGAAGGAGAAGAAGAAGGAGAAGGAGAAGGAGAAGAAGGAGAAAGAGGAGAAAGUCCUUCCUUUGCUCACCAACAGAGUGGUGGACUUUGUUGCCAGAGCUAUUGAGGAGAGACAAAAGAAUAAACAGGCCAAGAAGAAGAAGCAGCUGCCACCUCACGUCUUGAAAUACCUGAAGGCAGAGGAGGCAAAGAAGAAGAGAGAGCUGGCAGAGAGCAGGAGAAGAAAGAGAAGCCAGUCAGCGACCCGAGGGAAGGCGAAGGGAGACCCGAAGACCAAGAGGGGCCAGCAAUCCAGUUCCCCGUUGCCAGCCGGGCGAUCAUCAGCCAGGAAGCCAUCAGCCCGGCAAUCACCAGCCGGGCGACCAGCAAGAAGGCAGCCAUCAGCCCGGCAGUCACCAGCCAGGAAAGCACCAGGCAGGCCAGCACCAGCCGGGCAGCCGUCAGCCAGGCAACCGUCAGCUGGGCAACAAUCAGCCAGGCCUCCAUCAGCCAGGCAGCCCUCAGCCAGGCAACCCUCAGCCAGGCAGCCCUCAGCCAGGCAACCCUCAGCCAGGGAACCCUCUGCCAGGGAACCCUCAGCCCGCCCUGCCUGUCCCAGGCAGAAGAGGGAUUGCGGAGCUGACCUCCUGGAGAGGAUGUUGGGGCAGCGGCAAGGGGCCAAGGGACAUCCAGGCAGGGUGCAGCAGGACAACCGUGUGCCCCCGAAGCGGAGCCUUUCCCCGCGGACACAGCGCGUCCUGCUGCAGGUGGUGACGUGCAUCCUGGGGCAGGUGGCCCGCAAGCGCAGGGGCCAGAGGGACGAGCAGAGGGAUCUGCAGGAGAAGCUCAAGUGCGAGCUGGCGGUGCUGCAGUGGAGCCGGGCGAGGGACGAGCCGCAGAGCAGCCAAGACCUGCAGGCAGCUGGAGCCCGACCCGCAGCCCAGGCUGGGCCAGGGCAGAGGAGCGCAGGAGCGGCACAGCCCCGCACCUGCACGGAGGAGGAGAGACAGAAGCUCUGGGACUCCUUGCGCAAGAAGUACCAGCAGAAGGCAAGGCAAAGGAAGAGAGAGCCAUGGAAGCCCUGAAGGCUGCAGAGAGCAGGGAGAGCCAUGGCAUGCCCAGAGCAGCCACCUGCCUCCUCCGGAAGGCAGAGGGAAGAGCCCAUUGCCCUGGUGCUGAGGAGGACUCCCUCAGCUCCUCAGCUCUGCGGCGCAGAUCCCGCCCGCGUCGGUGAGUGCCAGGAGAGCCCCGGGACACAGAGGCUGCCCAGAGAGAUGUCCAGCAGGAGCCUUCUCCAGCAGGGCCGGGCAGGCAGGCUGUGGGCAGCAGCACUUCCCGCUGUUGAGUAAAGUCUCGCUUGCAAACCACUGUGUCUGACUCUCUGGCUCUUUCCUUGGUGGCUGUGACAUUGUCACUCAGCAGUGGGUGAGCUUUGGUGGGGCAGGGCAAGGCCACUGCAGGCAAGAGGGCUGGAGGGCUCGGAGGGUCGCAAGAUGACCGACUUGGGCCAG